AUGUUUGUUGAUAAUUGUACUGCCCAUAACAAUAACCCUCCUACUCUUUCUAAUGUGCGAAUUGAAUUCCUCCCGACAAACAUUACCUCAAAACUGCAACCUCUAGAUCAAGGGAUAAUUAAAAAUUUUAAAGUUCUGUAUCGAAAAGAAAUUGUUUCUGAAUUUUUGGCUUGCUUGGAUAAUAACGAUUUUCCGAAAGUAACCAUUUUGACUGCUAUAACGAUGAGCCAUAAAGCCUGGAACAAUGUGACUGGACAAACAAUUCGUAAGUGUUUUAGAACGUGUGGGUUUGUGAAAGUUAUUGACAGAGAAGAGGACGAAGCCCUUGCCACUUUAGAAGUUGACAGUCAAUGGCAUAGAUUAUCUACUGUUCCAGUCGAGCAGUUAUCAACAUUUGAAGAAUUUGUUGCUAUCGACGAUGAUUUGGCUAUCCGUGGAGUUCUCAAUGACGAAGAGAUUUUGAAGAGAAGUUGA